AUGAACGGAUCUUAUGUUUACAACAAAAUCGUUAGAAAUUUCCGUAGUUGUUACCGGAGUAAAAUCGAAGGUGAAAUAUCCGUUGAACUUCGAAGAUGUUUCACGCAGGAGACAUCCCGAAAAAGAUCUUUUUCUUUCAAAUCUGUUCUCGAAUUUGAUGGGAGGAAAAAGUUAUGGGAAGACAUCAAGGCUGAAUGUAAUGAAAGACUUAUUUUGUUGGGUGAACUAUUUACAACUCAGUGCAAUUUUAUAGCCUCUCAGAGAGUGAGGCGUAUGUCUCAAAUAUGGAACUUAUAUUCUCAUUUGUAUACGGAAAACUCUUUUCGUGAAAUAGUUUCACAGUUUGCAAAGAACUUUCGCUCUCAGAAACGUCCUUUCUCGUUACUGCUGGGUGCUGCCUUUUUUAGUUGGGAAAAGGAAAAAAUUACAGACGAAGAAAUCCAAAAUUUUAGCAUGAUGGAUUUAUGUCUGUUGGAUGAAAUGCAUACUAGUCAAGGUGGUUCAACCCUCUGCAUUUAUGAAUUGGACAGAUACCGGAGCAGCGAUGACCACCCCACCAAGCCCAUCAGCGGCCAGAAUCUCGUCAACAAACUGGUCAACGAGGGCUGGGAAGCGGUCAUACAGAAGGAGUGUGUCCAAGUCUGGAGAAAAGCUUUCCCAAACUCCUAUCUUUAUGAAUAUAAAAUCAUGGGAACAUUUUAUGAUGUGCCUGCUAGAACCUUUUUUUCUGUACAGACUGACAUUGAGUACAGAAAAGAGUGGGACAAACUGGUGAUCAAAUUGGACGUCAUCGACAAAGAGAAAACCGAAGGUGGUUGUGAAGUAAUGCAUUGGGUGAUGCAUUACCCUUUUCCUAUGUAUAGUCGAGAAUAUGUGUAUAUUAGAAGAGCAGUUAUUAGUCCAGAAACAAACACCAUGGUGCUCGUUUCGAGGGCCGUGGAGCAUCCUAGUUGCCCUGUAAAUAAUAAAUAUGUUAGAGUUACUAAGUAUAGUUCAAGAAUGGUGAUUCGCCCGCACAGGACAUACGAUGAGAAUGGUUUCGAUUACGUACUCACGUACUUCGACGAUCCCCAGGCUGCCUUUCCGGCUCCUGCAUACAACUGGAUGGCCUCUUCUGGUGUGCCAGACUUUGUAGAAAAACUGCAUGCAGCAGCACAAAAUCUCUAUUGCCAAGAGAAGAAAUCAAAAUCUAGUCUUCAAGUGAAACCUGUCAAAGAGCCUUGUACUUCAAGUGACGUAGAAUACAUCUACAUGUGA